GGCGGGGCCCGGGCCGGGCGGCUUCCGUCCAGCACCGCGCAGCCCCGGCGCCGCGGGGCCCCCAUGCCGGGCCGAUCGCUGCUGCUGUUGCCGCCGCCACCGCCGCCGCUGCUGUUGCUGCUGCUGCUGCCGCCGCCGCCGCCGCCGCUGCUGCUGCGGAGCCCCAGGUGAUUGGCAGCACCAUGUCUGGCCGCGAUCGGGGCACGGAACCGCUCUAUAUCAAGGCAGAGCCUGCCAGCCCAGACAGUCCCCGGGGCUCCUCGGAGGCUGAGCCCGAGCCCCCACCCGCCCGGCCUCCUGGCCCUGCCCCGGCUCGGCGCCGGCUCCCCCCGGGCCGGGAGGAGGAUGAGGAAGGGGAGAGCACAGGGCUGGGCGAGCGGGGUGGCGGGGGCAGUGGGGGCAAGCUGGUGCUGAGCUCGCUGCCCAAGCGCCUCUGCCUGGUGUGCGGGGACGUGGCUUCUGGCUACCACUACGGCGUGGCCUCCUGCGAGGCGUGCAAGGCCUUCUUCAAGCGGACCAUCCAAGGGAGCAUCGAGUACAGCUGCCCGGCGUCCAAUGAGUGUGAGAUCACCAAGCGGCGGCGGAAGGCCUGCCAAGCCUGCCGCUUCACCAAGUGCCUGCGGGUGGGCAUGCUCAAGGAGGGGGUCCGUCUGGACCGGGUCCGGGGAGGACGGCAGAAGUACAAGCGGCGGCCAGAGGUGGAGCCCCUGCCCUUUCCGGGACCCUUCCCCUCUGCUCCUCUGGCACCUGCAGGGGGGACUCGAAAGACAGCCCCUGUCAACGCCCUGGUGUCGCACCUGCUGGUUGCGGAGCCGGAGAAACUGUACGCCAUGCCUGACCCUGCGGGCCCUGACGGACACCUGCCAGCUGUAGCCACACUGUGUGACCUUUUUGACCGAGAGAUUGUGGUCACCAUCAGCUGGGCCAAGAGCAUCCCAGGCUUCUCCGCCUUGUCCCUGUCGGACCAGAUGUCAGUGCUGCAGAGCGUGUGGAUGGAGGUGCUGGUGUUGGGAGUGGCCCAACGCUCGCUGCCCCUCCGGGACGAGCUGGCUUUUGCCGAGGACCUGGUCCUGGAUGAGGAGGGGGCCCGGGCGGCAGGGCUGGGGGAGCUGGGGGCUGCGCUCCUGCAGCUGGUUCGGCGGCUCCAGGCCCUUCGGCUGGAACGGGAGGAAUACGUGCUGCUCAAGGCCUUGGCCCUGGCCAACUCGGACUCGGUGCACAUCGAGGACGCCGAGGCCGUGGAGCAGCUCCGGGAAGCCUUGCACGAAGCCCUGCUGGAGUACGAAGCCGGGCGGGCCGGCGGGGGCGCUGAGCGGCGCCGGGCCGGGCGGCUGCUGCUCACCCUCCCCCUCCUGCGCCAGACGGCGGGCAAAGUCUUGGCCCAUUUCUAUGGGGUGAAGCUGGAGGGGAAGGUCCCCAUGCACAAGCUUUUCCUGGAGAUGCUGGAGGCCAUGAUGGACUGAUGGGGGAGGGCUCUUGUGGACAUGCGUGUGGGGGGGUGCUGGCAGGACCGGCUGGGGGGGAGGGAGGGGGUUGAGCCCCAGAAGAAGCCCAGGGGAGGGCAUGGGCAGUGCCCACAGCCUGCUGGCAGUGCCAGGGCAAUGCCAACAGCCCAUGGGAACCAGGCCCAUGCCCACCCUGCUCCGUUCCAUAGGCACCUAGAGGAUCGAGGCUAGGCAGUGCAGCUCCAACCGCUAGGGGGAAGCACUGCCCCUUGCAAGCCAUAAUCUACCCCCAGGGUUGGGGGGGCCUUGUGGAAGCCAUAAAGGGGGGCUGCUGGGGAAGGGUUAAGAGAUCUCAGGGAGGGAAGGGUUGAGGGGCCCCAGCUUCCCCUUUGGUUAGUGCUUUUUGCUGCUGCUUGGCCCAUCCCCAGGGGCCUGGCUCCCCCCUCUAACAGAGCCGGGGGCUGGAGAGCAAGGACCCCUGAAACCCUUCCCUCCUUGCCAUUUAUACUGGGCAUUAUUACUGCCCCCAAACUCCAAUCCUUUUCCCCCUUUAAAGCAAUAAAUCAGAGCUGGCUCCUCUUCCCCCUCCCCACCCCGCCCUGGAGCUGGGGCCCAGGGAUGAUCCCAGACCCCGGGGAGGGGAGGGGGGCCACAGCAUCUACUCUAUCCCCUGCAUAGCAAUAACACUAUAUUUAUUUUUAGGGUUUGGACUGAGGGAGGAGCAGGGGCCAUUGAGUGGGGGAACAGAGCUGUACAGAGACUCUAUUUUAAUGUAUAUUUGCUGCAAAGAAAAACCAUGUGUUCAGUUUUGAACCUUUAAUGAGGAAAAAAAAAUAUAACAGCAAUCAUCCCA